UUGUCUAAACAAUUCUGGUGAAGUUUAUACUUCGCACACAAGUUUGACUCCUUCAUUAUCUAUGCUUUAGAUACUCUCUUUCUGUUGAACGGUUUCAGUUUUCUUAAUCUUGGGCGUGAGCUCUAACUCUCAGGCUUAGUUCUCAAUGAAGUUUAUUCUUGUUACUCUCACGAGUCUCCUGCUUAUACCGUUUAUCCCUUCUGUUGUUUCCACAGUACAAGACACGUCAUCUAUUUCUCAGUCCCAGUCCCUCAGUUAUGGAAACACCAUAGUUUCUCGCCCACUCGGAACCUUUGAGCUUGGUUUCUUCAAUCUUGGAAAUCCCAACAAGAUCUACCUCGGGAUUUGGUAUAAGAAUAUUCCGAUUCAAAACGUUGUUUGGAUUGCAAACGGUGCCAAUCCUAUCAAUGAAUCCUCUGCCAUCUUGAAACUAAAUAGUUCUGGCAACUUGGUCAUUUCCCACAACAACAUCGAUGUUUGGUACACUAGUUCUGCAAACGAUGCACAGAAUCCAGUAGCAGUACUUUUGGAUUCUGGUAAUCUUGUAAUAAGAGAUCAGAGUGCAGCAAAUACAGAGGAAUACUUGUGGCAAAGUUUUGAUUACCCUUCUAAUACAAUGGUUGCUGGAAUGAAGAUUGGAUGGGACAUCAAAAGAAAUUUUAGUAUUCGUAUCGUAUCUUGGAAGAGUUAUGAUGAUCCAACACCAGGAGAUUUGUCAUGGGGCAUUAAACUAUAUCCUUAUCCUGAUACCUAUAUCAUGAAGGGAACCAAAAAGUUCUGCAGAACUGGACCAUGGAAUGGAUUGCGCUUCAGUGGCCGGCCAAAUCUGAGGCCUAAUAAGGUUUACAAUUAUGAGUUUGUGUCCAACAAGGAAGAGGUUUAUUACACAUGGACACUGGUGAAUACUAGUUUAACAACAAUUGUGGUCCUUAACCAAACCUCGGAAGAGCGUCCUCGUUAUGUGUGGUUAGAGGAUACUAAAUCAUGGUCACCUUAUUUAACCAUACCAGCGGAGCUCUGUGACCAUUAUGGCGUAUGUGGAGCCAAUGCAUAUUGCGCCCCUUCUGCAUCACCAAUGUGUGAAUGUUUGAAAGGGUUCGAGCCUAAGUCUCGAGAAAACUGGAGCACAACGGACUGGUCUCAAGGAUGUGUCCUUAAACAUGCUUUGAAUUGCAAGAAUGAUGGGUUUGUCCCUGUCGAAGGCUUGAAAGUUCCGGAUACUGAACAUACCUCUGUGGAUCAGAGUAUUGAUCUAGCGCAAUGCAGAAGCAAGUGCUUGAAUGAUUGUUCCUGCAUGGCAUAUACAAAUUAUAAUAUUAGUGGAUCAGGAAGUGGUUGUGUGAUGUGGUUUGGUGAUCUAAUUGACAUCAUACAGUAUUCAAAUGCUACAUAUGGGCAGGCUUUAUAUAUCCGGCUGCCAAAAUCAGAAUUAGAAGAUGCUAUCAACAGGCGGAGGAAGUCCACAAUAAAACUUGUAACCAGCAUCCCUGUGGCUUCAGGGAUGCUUUUACUUGGUAUUUAUUUCAUCUGCAGAUUCCGGAGGAAGAAGAACGAGAAGUCAGAAAAUAUCUUUGAAUCAUGUGUGGAUGAUUUGGAUCUACCAUUGUUUGAUUUGUCAACAAUUACAGCUGCUACUGAUAAUUUCUCAGAGAUGAAUCGGAUUGGAGAAGGUGGUUUUGGACCUGUAUAUUGGGGAAAAUUAUUCAGUGGACUAGAAAUUGCUGUAAAGAGACUUUCACAAAAUUCAGGACAAGGAAUAACCGAGUUUGUAAAUGAAGUUAAACUGAUUGCAAAACUUCAGCACAGGAAUCUUGUAAAACUUUUAGGCUGUUGCAUUCAAAACCAAGAAAAAAUAUUGGUUUAUGAAUAUAUGUCCAACGGCAGCCUAGAUUACUUCAUUUUUGAUCACACAAAAGGUAAACUACUUGACUGGAAAAAGCGUUUCCACAUAAUUUGUGGACUUGCAAGAGGACUUAUGUAUCUUCAUGAAGAUUCUCGACUAAGGAUUGUCCAUAGAGACCUCAAAGGGAGUAAUGUUCUUCUAGAUGAAGAUUUCAAUCCAAAAAUAUCAGAUUUUGGAUUGGCUAAAACUGUUGGAAAAGAGGAGAUUGAAGGAAACACAAAUAUGAUAGUUGGAACAUUUGGGUACAUGGCACCCGAAUAUGCUAUUGAUGGUCAGUUUUCUAUAAAAUCUGAUGUAUUCAGCUUUGGUGUUAUAUUGUUGGAGAUAAUAUGUGGGAGGAAAAAUAGAGGAUCAUAUCAUGGAAAGCAAUAUAACCUUGUUGAUCAUGCAUGGACAUUGUGGAAAUUUGGAAAGACUUCAGAAAUAAUUGACCCAAACAUUGAGAGUUCAUGCAUUGAAUCUGAAUUGUUACGUUGCAUCCAUAUUGGGCUAUUGUGUGUUCAACAAUACCCAGAGGAUAGGCCUACAAUGAGUUCAGUGGUUUUAAUGUUGGGAAGUGAGAUGGAUUUGGAUGAACCAAAAAGGCCGGGGAUUUUCAAUAAGAAGGAAUCUAUUGAAGCAAGUUCAAGCUCAAGUAGUUCAACCAAUGCCCUAACCAUAACCCUAAAGGCUCGGUGAAAAUCAAUAACAUGGUUGCACAACUCAUACUAAUGGUUGCAGAAGUUUAACCUGGAACACACAUGCACAUUUUGAGUCCCACACAAACCAAAAAUUUAGUAAAACUAUGAUAAAUAGGCAUGGAUUCCAAUGUAUACAUUUUUCAUUAAUUAUGCAUUUAUUAGUUAUCAUAAAA